GGCGCGCCCCAUUCAAAGCGGCGGCAGUUGGUUGAGUGCUCUUGUGCGGUGUCCGGUUUUUUUGAAAGAGGGGUUGUUAGUUUGCAGACGUCUGAGGUUCCUCUGGUAGUAUAAUAUGGAUUCCAACAUUUACAAGUGCCUUCAGCCUGGGUUAUCGAUUAAUAUCGAACGCAGCAAUGGUUCAGUCCAUGGUGCAACUAUCAAAAGUAUAAGUCUGGAAAAAAUGACUGUAUCUGUAGAAUGGACUGAAAACAACAGUCUCAAAGGGAAAGAGAUUGACUUUGAUGAUGUGAUAGCAAUAAAUCCAGAACUGUCUACAGCUGCUGUAGUUGCUGAUGUAAAAGAGAAAAUUCUAAUUCAGAACAAUGUAACUGUACAGAAACAAAAUCGCAGAACAGUUUCAAAAAUCCCUGGUCCUAGAGAAGCACUGAGGUUCCAAGGCAGCAAAAUGUCGGUCAUAACAGAACUACCAAACAGUCCUCUGGAAAAUGAUAUGGAGGUAGAAACUUCUGCUUCUGUACCAGCUCGAAGCCAAUCAGCUCUUCCUGUUGUACGAGCUCGAACUAGAAAUAAUUAUUCUUCUGAUAGAUGUAGUAUACAGCCUAAUGGUAAUGAAGUGACAGAAGAACCUCCACAGUCUCUCAGAAUUGUGUCUGCUGCCAUUCAAGCUCGGAGGAAAUCUAAUAUUGUAAAGGAAAUGGAAAAAAUGAAAAAUAAGAGGGAAGAGAAGAAAGCCCAGUUUUCUGAAAUAAGAAACAGGCGUGCACAGGAAUUUGACAGUAGUUGUCCAAAUUGGGAUUUUGCACGAAUGGUUAAAGAAUAUCGAAACACUAUUAAUUGCCAAUCAUUAUCAAUGAAUGAUCCAAUAGAAGAGCAUAGAAUUUGUGUCUGUGUGAGAAAACGACCCUUAAAUAAGCAAGAACUUGGAAAGAAAGAAUGUGAUAUAAUCACUGUUGUUAGCAAGAACAGCGUCCUGGUGCAUGAACCAAAGCUGAAAGUGGAUCUGACAAAAUAUCUUGAAAACCAGUCUUUUCGAUUUGACUUCUCGUUUGAUGAAAAAGCUACCAAUGAGAUGGUUUACUGGUUUACUGCUAGGCCACUUGUGCACACCGUUUUUGAAGGAGGGAAGGCUACAUGUUUUGCUUAUGGCCAAACAGGUAGUGGAAAAACUCAUACUAUGGGAGGAGAUUUCUCUGGGAAAGUACAGAAAGCUUCAAAAGGAAUAUACGCUUUUGCGUCACAGGAUGUAUUCCUCCUUCAGAAUCAGCCACGGUAUAGGGCCCAAGGCCUAGACAUAUAUGUGACCUUCUUUGAAAUAUAUAAUGGAAAGCUAUUUGAUCUUUUAAACAAAAAAGCAAAGCUGCGGGUAUUAGAGGAUGGCAAACAACAGGUCCAGGUUGUUGGCCUACAAGAAAUGCGUGUAAAUUGUGCUGAGGAUGUUAUCCGAAUGAUUGAAAUAGGAAGUGCCUGCAGGACAUCUGGACAUACAUUUGCCAAUUCCAGUUCCUCUCGAUCGCAUGCUUGCUUUCAAAUUAUUCUGCGCAGAAAAGGAAAGCUUCAUGGCAAGUUCUCCUUGGUGGAUUUAGCUGGCAAUGAGAGAGGUGCUGAUACAUCUAGUGCUGAUCGUCAGACACGGAUGGAAGCAGCAGAAAUAAACAAAAGCUUGCUGGCACUGAAGGAAUGUAUCCGUGCUUUAGGUCAAAAUAAACAACAUACACCUUUUCGGGAAAGUAAACUUACUCAGGUGCUGAGGGAUUCUUUCAUUGGAACAAAUUCCAGAACCUGCAUGAUUGCAAUGAUUUCCCCAGGUAUGAGUUCCUGCGAAUAUACUCUAAAUACUUUGCGAUAUGCUGAUAGAGUGAAGGAACUUCCCAGCAAUGGAACAGCUGGUGAGGCACAAAACUGUAUGGAAACUGAGAGUGAAGAGUUUGAGAUUAGCAGAGAAGAAUCAGACCAUAUUCUUGAACAGCUUUCUGAAGAUGAGCUGUCUCCUCAUCUGUCCAGUUUUCGUGACGCUCUCACCCGGAUUAGCGAAUUUGAAGAGAAAGCAAUAGAAGAACUUAAGGAAAUCAGGGAGAAAAUGAAUGACUGUAACUAUCUCCUGGACAUUGCGGAACAACCAAAAUAUGACCUAGAGGCCUUUGUGUACCAAACCCAAUGCUUCAUAAAUGAAGGAUCCAAAAGCUUUCUCAAUCUGAAAGAGACUCUAGAUGAACUAACGCUAGCCAUGCAAAUGGAAGAACAAGCCAGCAAGCACCUGAAUCAACGCCGCCUUCAAUAACUGCCCAUCUGUUAAAUGAACCUUUGCCCCUCACUAUUUGUCUGUCACUUAUUUGGUUGGCAAUUAAUGCAUUUUAAAAGCAAACAGAUAAUCCAGCCUAUCUGCUUUGGAGUGGGUCUUUUAAACCUGAUGCAGGAAAGGGACAACUCUCAGCCAGAAAUUUCUAGGACUUUUUUUUUCUCUCUUUUACAGUACUGAAAGCUGCAUAAGGGAGGCUCGUUAGUGUUCAUGUUAAGCAUAUUUCUUGUGUAUAUAGAAUUUUUGACUACAUAUUUUUAUCUGUUACCACUGAGCGCAAACCAGUGAAUCUUAAACUGGUUUUGUUGUUCUUAAGAUGGAAAAAGCGAGUGAAGCUGUUUAAAUAAAUGUUUCUGAAUUCAUUAACUUCUUGCCUUGCAAAAACACUAUGGCAUUUUCUGUAGGUCUCUAGUUUGUUCUGACCUUUUCACUGUGAGUGAAGAAUCCAAUUGGAUGAGUAUUCAUGGUAGGAGUUGUGCUACUGAACGGCACAUUUCUUUUUAAAUAAGCAAAUUUUGCUGUUACUUUCAGAUAGUUAUUGUCCAAUAAUGAUUGCCAUAAGCACACAUAAAGAUAGGGUUAUUGACUAAAAAAAAAAUAAAAAGCAGUCAACAGCCAUAAUUAAGUUCAGAACUGAAAGAUUUACAAGAUAAUAAAAAUGCAAUUUUACAGUCUUGGGGAUUGGAAACAACUGAGAUAAAGUUAAGAUACAUGCUCUGAACAUUGUAAGGGAUAGAUCACUUAGCAUGAAUAUCAACCUUUGCUCUAAAUAUACAUUUCUGGAAAUAGAUAGCCCUGAGUAUGUGUGGUUACACCUAAAAUCAAAGGUCUUAAGAUAAAAAACUUUAUUAAACAACAUUUUUAUUUUCUAAAAACCUUGUUUGCUACUGAAUAAUAAAUAAAUAAUUAUAUAUUUAAUAAUGAA